ACAAUCUCUUUUCUGUUUCUUUCAUACUGUAAGUUUAACAAGGCCGCCCCCCAAAAGCAAAACCAAAGGGCAAACAUGAGCCGACGCCACCGCUCCGCGCCGCCGCUGCCGGCCGUGUUCCCUCCGCUGGACGACGACUGCAUCUGGGAGAUCCUCCUCCGCCUCCCCCCGCAGCCCUCCUUCCUUCUCCGCGCCUCCCUCGUCUGUAAGCGCUGGCGCUGCCUCGUCACCAAUCCCAAAUUCCUAAGCCGCUUCAGCGCCCACCACCGCAGGCCCCCUCUCCUCGGCUUCUUCUCCGCCCACAAAGCCAUCUUCUUCGUCCCCGCGCUUGACCCGCCUGACUGGAUCCCUGCGCCCCGCUUCUCCCUGCGGCCCGGCCAUGGCGACCGCUUCCAGUUCCUCGACUGCCGACAUGGCCGCGCCCUCAUCCUCAGCCACACGCAGCCGCCCCAGAUUGUUGUGUGGGAUCCCUUCACCGGCGAGCAGAUCCGCGUUGCAGCUCCUCCGGCGUUCAGUGCGAGUGAGACGUUGGCCAUCGUCAACGGGGCGGUGCUGUGCGCUGCAGGCGACCAUGGCCACCUGCACGGCGAUUGUCGCUCCCGCUCCUUCAGGGUGGUCCUGGGAGCCUUCGACAUAGACACGACGCACGCUUUCGCGUGCGUUUAUUCUUCUGAAGGCGGCGUAUGGGGUGACGUCGCCUCACUGCCGAUCUUAGAGUCUGAUUGGAUUAAGAUGUUACAUGAUAUGAGGAAUUUUCAUUUUCAACCUGAGGUAACUCCCAUGGUCUUAGUUGGCGAUUCCCUUUACUGGCUGCUUUGGCAGCAUAUGCCUACUUGGUACUCUGGUGUUAUCCUCAAAAUUGAUUUACAGAGGCAGAGCAUAGCUGUUGUAAAGUCACCACCAGAUGUGAAUGGCCCCAAAGAAUGCGCUUUCACAAUUGUACCAGGGGAGGAUGGUUGUCUCGGCCUAAUACUUAUGUCAUACUCCUGUGCCACAUUAUGGAACAGAAGAGUUUACACUGAUGGUGAUGCUAUAUGGGUUCCCGGAAGAACUAUUCAACUGGACAAGCUUCUUUCGCUUGGGUUGGUGGACAAGGAAGAGACUCUCCUUUCAGUGGGGUUUGCUGAGCAAAAUAAUGUGAUGCUUGUCAGGACAUGCAAUCAUGUUUUCAUGGUAUAUCUCCGGUCAAUGAAGUUUAAGAAACUUUGCCACAGCGGAAAGCGCUAUUUCUACCAUCCAUUUGAAAGUUUCUACUCUCCAGAUAAAUCUGGAGGGUGGCGGGUGGCGGUUUUAUGUUUUGCUGCGGGUUACUAGCAGUAGGCGGUAAUUCAGAAUUCAGUUCUUUUUUGUCGUGUUGGUUAAUGUUGUUUUCAGUCGUUGACAGGAUCCGAAACUUGUUUAUUCUGGUCGAACCCAGCUUAAAGCCAGAUUCAAAAAUUAUGGGUAUUUUACUUUGGCUCAGGAAUAUUUUAAUUCAGACCACUUGACACUUCACAUGGAACAUGCUUGCUUAAAGUGAUUUUAAUCUUCCAUAUAAUUUCUUCUUUUCUUCGUUGUUCUGAUAAUCCAGAUAGUCUGUGCAUUAAAAAAUUUAAUCGCUAUAUAUUGGGUAAGUUAUUUUGAGGAGUACCAGAAUGAGUUCCUUUUUUCUGAGCGCAAGUGUCCCUCAGUGGAUGCAGUUUUAUUAACCUAUAUUCCUGAUCUCAAACCAUAAUGACUUCUUGUCCCAUAGUUUGGUAACUAUGUGUUGGUCAUCUAGAUAUGCUGUUGUGAUUCUCUGUUAUCAUUGGCCUUUCAUGGAAAUUUGCACUGUUGACUGACUUAUUAUGCUUGUAGGUAAUGGCAUUGAUGACGGACAUGGUGAAACUGGAGUUUUGUAGAAUAUGUAAGAUGGUUGUCUGGUGAGAUAUGCAACUAUGCUACGGUGUCCUAAAAGGUGCUGCAGGAACGGCUUUUGAUGCAGAUUCUUCCUUUUGUGGUAUUGUGGCCAGAUGAUGUCGCCUAUGUGAAAGUGUGAAGUGGACUUCUAUGGAUUAACUAGUACCUGGUGUUAUUAUGAGACCUCUGUACACACGGGGGGAGUACUAAGCUAACAAUACCGUGGGUCUCAUAUAGUUGAUUAUUACCUUAAUGGGAUGGUUCUGAAACAAGUACUGUACCAUUAGUUGUUCAUUUGCUGAGUGUGUUUGAUCGAGUUGAGCUCAUCUCGGACAGUUGCUGCUCAAGUGAUUAUGCGAACUUAGUGCUCUCCUCUCGUACUUGUUUAUAUAUAUUGUGUACGGAAUUGCCGGUGAGAUUAUGUGAAGUUGCUUAUUGAUA